GGCUUGCAUUGUCAUUCGCGCAGUAGCCAGCGCGCAGUGAGCAAGUGUGAGUUGAACUCUCGAAAAGUGCGCUUGCAAGGCACUCUCUCAGUGACGUGAAGAUUUUCAAUUUUCCUCAAAAAAUAUCUUACUUAUUUAAAAAAGUUAAGUUUGAUAUCUAAAACUGGUAAUAGCUCAAAAGUUUUUUAUAUAGAAGUGAAAAAAAAUUUCAUUUACUAAAGUUUAACGAUACGCCAAGUGUUGCUUAGUGAUACUGAACUUUUCAAAAGCUAGGUUAGGUGUGCGCAGCAAUCGCAACUUUUGACACAAGUGAAGAAAAUUUCCUCGAUUGCGUUCGUACUUUGAUCGCUUGCUUGCACUGCCAGUGACUCGAGCGUUGCUCUGCUUGAUGGUGUCAAGAAGUCCUGUGGGCACGAUGGCCCAGAGCUGUGCACAGGCCCAAGCUUGGGUGCGUGACAACUACGAACGCAACACCGAUGGCGUCGUCGCCAAGUCCGUCAUCUACAAGAACUACGAAGACUACUGCAGAGAACACAACAGACCUAUAAUGGAGACCAGUAUCUUCGGCCGCGUCGUGAAACAAGUUUUCCCAGGAGUCAACAUCCGGCGACUUGGAGGUCGCGAGAAUCUUAAAUAUUACUACUGUGGCAUCCACGCUCAGGAAUCAAGUCCUUAUGUCAGUGACAACAACAACACGACGCGGCCCAAGCGCAAGCAACGAAAACGUGACGUCAUCACCGACAAGGCAGAAGCCCACAAUAUGUUCUUGUGGUUGUGUGCUAACUACGCCGAAGAGAGCGAAUCAACAAUUCCAAUUAGCGAUAUAUACAGUCAUUAUAUUCAGUGCAGUGCAACAUGGACUAAUGAACCUCUUAGUAAUCAGCAAUUUACUACAUUAAUUACAUCAGUUUUCUUUAGGAUAGCCAAACGAAAAAUAGGACCCAAAUCUCCUCAGCAGAACGUCUUUGUGGGCAUCGCCCAGCGCCCUGUGCCCCUCGACUCGGCCUCGGCCUCCCAGGUGUACGCAUCCCUACGCGAGGCUGUGGCCUCAGCCGAGAAGUUUGCCUCUGUCAGGGAAGGCAGUCACACACCUGACGAUGACGACGAAUAUUCCUGCAGAACACCAGAGUCUGAGGGAUCCGACAUGUCAGCCGGAAAUUCAGAGAAUUCUUGCAGCGAAAUCAAGCAAGAAUGUCUUCCUGAUUCUUUCCACCUGUUCGACCAACAUCAUCACCACGAGUCUGUUCUUGAUGACUCAAUGUUCAAGAACGAACCUGUGGACUACAGCAUCGGUGCUUUACGGCUCAAAGACGAGCCUGUAGAAAGCAUGGCGCACGUCAAAGAAGAGAAACUUGGUGUUUCCCACAUGACAUGUUUCAGUUUAGGGACUCCCAACAGCCGGACCUCUCAUUUGCUCGAUUCCCCAUCCCCUUCUCCAAGUCCGCCCCAAAAGUCGUCUAAAAACCGCAUUUACAAACCACGUUUCCACAUAGAUUACCAUGACAGUAACUGGAGCAGCAUACCUGAAAUCAAAUCUGAAAAUAAUCAUGGACCUUCGGAAAUUGAAGACAACGGUGAAAGUGUUCUAAGGACGUGGCUCCUCGAGUGCUUAGAAGUGUGUGAAGAUGUUGGUGUCAAUAGUGAACAAUUGUACGCUUAUUAUUUGAAAUACUGUAACAUGAUUAAUACCAAAGUACUUCAUUAUGGCCCGUUCGGGUAUGUUUUAAGUCAAACGUUCCCUACUAUUGACCUUGUUUCGUUCAGCUCGGGUGUGACAGUGUUUGCAGGUGUGCGUGUGGUGCACAACAGUGACAUUGACCGGCGUGUGGAUGAAGUGCCAUUGCGUACCGAUGCGUUAGAAAUCUCUCAGUCUUGGGACUCGCAACAUCAACCUUCGCUCGAGAGGAAUUCGCCGCCAUGCCUCAGCUCUUCGCCCAUAAAUCUUGAAGACGAGGAAGAUGACGAAGACAUUUUGGACGACGGCUUCUCAGGAAACAGGUACAGAGAAACUCUCGAUGACGAUGUUAAUUCUAUUCCUGAAGUUAUGAGAGACGGCAAGUAUUACUUGAAAAACUGGCUUAUGGAUAACUUUGAACCUGUCCCCGAGGCUUGUGUACUCAAAGCUGACGCUUACCGCCAUUAUGAACAGUACGCUAGAUCUGUGAUCCAGACUCCUUUUGAGAUGAAUGUUUUCGGUAAAAUUGUUAGGCAGGUUUUUCCUAAAGUUAGUAUUCGUAGGUUAGGAGGCCGUCAGAAGCCGCAAUAUCACUACUGUGGCAUCACAGCCAAGCCUACUAGUCAUUUGUAUCCCUUAUUGAGCGCCAAGGAUCCUGCUCAGCGGUCUAGGAAAAAAGAAAUUGCCACUGACAAUCGCACAGCUGAAGUGGUAAUUGACUGGCUGAAGCGAAAUUACGAGCCCACCAAGGACCGCCUCAUUCCUAAAAGUCAUGUCUUCACAAACUAUAACGCUUACUGCUCCUCUAUAGGGGAGAACCCUGUCAGCAUAAACUACUUCGGGAAACUGGUCAAACAUUGCUUCCCCCACGUCGAAGUUCGUAAAUUUGGCGGCAGAACAGAUCCCAACUGGUAUUAUCAUGGAUUGUGUCCUCGGGAUCCAACCUUGUUGGAACACUCAAUGUCCAUUGAAGAAUUCCAUGAUUCUGAAAGAGAUCCUUGCAGUACUUCUUCUACGAGUCAACCAUACUCGUCAUUGAGCUCAUCCUACCCUAUAGCCGUGCCGGGCAGCGGGGCCACUCUGCCUCUCGACUCACCCUACAGUGGAUCACCCCAAUUGACUCCAUCCAGGGCGUCUCAGUAUUUGUCCCAUCACCUUCUGCAGCAUAAACAUUUGUCUUCCCCGCUCAGCAGCUCCCCUUCCAUGGAGAUAACUCCGGAUCCAUAUCCCCGGUCUCCGGGGCUCAGCCGAGCCUUUGAAGAAAGAUUGAUGACCCAAACGAUAAUUGACCGAAACCGAGUCAUGGUUCGAUCUCCGUACGAACCCGACAUGGCCCCGGACAUUUUUCCUCGGUCUCCUGAAGAAACCCCAGCCCAAACUUGUCGAUCCCCAACGGCUCCCGUAACAGAUGCUGCAGCUUGUGCGGUUUUCAACAUGUCCACGCACCACUACCUUCCCUCAGCUUUGCCCUCAUCGUCUCCCAACAGCAAACGUACUGCGCAUGUCACCCACAGCCCACCGAGGUUUACGCCCCGGGGGCCCAUGUCCCAGGCGCAAAGUAUACUCACUGAUCCCAACGCCUCGCAUAAGAGAAUCAAACACCAAAUGACACCUCAGGAUUACGGCGCAAUCUACUCCGGGCGCAGCUGAAACUAACUCCACUUCCAUAUUUUAUACAUGGCCCCUCUGUGAUAGCCUCAAGCAGCAUCUUCCGAGCAAGGGACAUUCCCGCGCUGCGGCC